AUGCCCUUCACAAUCACCGAACCACAUCCCACCGUGCGGGCCAAUGCCUACACACACUCCGGCCGCGGCGGCCUGGGCAACACCUUCCGCGCUCCUACCACCGUCACGCCUGCUGCCGGCAUCCCUACGCCCCUGACCAAAGUGUCCUCGGGCUCAUCUGCCACUCACACGUCCACUCGCUUCUACGCUGGCCGUGGCGGCGCCGGCAACGCCUACCCGGCCUCGAAGCGUCCUGCUACGUCUCUGGACGACGAAUACAUCUACGCUUCGGCCGCGGCCGCCAAGGCGCAAAGCACCGGUGGCUACGUCGGCCGCGGUGGCGCCGGCAACUUUUACUCGUCCAAAUCGUCGUCCUCGUCUCACCAUAAGAAGGCGUCGGGCUCUACUUCGUCCGGCCCUGUCCUGUCGACCGCCGACCGCAUUGCCCACAGUAUCCGCAUGGGUACCCAUGGCCUCGGUCACGGCAGCAGCGCCUCGUCUGCCGGCAACUUCGUCCGCAAAGGCAGCGACGCCAGUUCCGUCUCGGGCGCGAGCACUACGAGCAGCGAAGAGGGCCGGCGGAGCGGCUUCUGGGGCCGCAUGCACCGUUAA